AUGUUGCACUCGGCGUUCUUGGGCCAACCACCAGCCACUCAGGACGAUUUCUAUAUCAUCAAGGGCAUGUACAGAACUGCCUACGCAUUCAACAAAGACCCGAGCAAAGGCUACUUGUUCGUUCCGAAAAAGCCCACAGACUAUGGGUAUAACGACAAGCAGGCUAGUAUCAUUGUUGGCAUGGCUAUGGCCAUAGUCAUCAUGCUCUCUACCACUACCCUACGACUUGUCCUUCGAUAUUUCAAGAGUGGUGUAAGAUGGGGAGCGGAUGACUGGGUGAUGGCCAUUUUGUACCCGACACUGCAAAUUGCGAUGAUUGUGCUUGGAGGAGGUGGAAAACAUGCAUGGGAUGUCACCUAUGCUGAGUACUAUACAUUCAAUAAGCUCGCAAUUGUCUGCAAAAUCAUUUUCUUCACGACCGUCGGCAUCAUCAAAAUAUCUAUUUGUCUUUUCCUCCGCCGCAUCUCCGAAGCCACAUCGAAGUAUCCUCGAAUCGCCAACGACAUCUUCCUCUUCCUGCUCAUAAGCUACACCUUACUCGCACUUUUCUGGUCGUGCUUCCAAUGCUCGCCUGCUCCAGCCAUGUGGGACAAGAUAUACUCCGGCAAACUCGCACAGCCUGCCAAGUGUUGGUCAACAUUGGUGGUCGCAAAUACAUUGAGCGUUAUACAUGUUGUUAUGGACUUUAUCCUACUUCUUACACCGAUCGUUGUGCUCUGGAAGGUACAGCUCAACAAGAAGACAAAGAUUAGGCUGUUCAUUGUGUUCUCGAUGGGCUCACUAUCCUGCGUGGCCAGUGUCUUCCGAGAGCUUGCACAAAAGAAUAUAAGCAGAGACAUCACCUAUGGCUACACAAGUCUGCUGGCAUGGACAGUAGUCGACUUGACACUCGCAGUAGUCGUAGCAUCACUACCCGUCAUCAGCGCACUGAUACCCAAAGCCUGGGGCGACAUCACCCACUCAUCACGCCUCCGUAAAACCACGCUGCGACAGGCAACACUCAACGGAACACAAGGAAAAUCCGUCAUUGGCAGAGCUCGGCGCAACACCAUUGACUCGGAAGAAGACGGCAUUCUGCGCGAAGACCGGUUCGAAUUGUCCUAUGCUCGAAACUCGAAACAAACACAACCACGAGAGGCUUCUCAGACAUCGCUGUAUGAGAUCUCUCACCCGGGAAUGACUAUUUGA